AUGGCGAACGAGAACGCGAGCGCGUCAAAGUUAGCGUAUCGAAAGCGUGCGGCGAAGGCUUCCAUGACGCGGUUGGAAACAUUCGUAAAUAGCAUAGAGCCUCUGUCGGUAGAUGUCGAGGAGGUUAAGUUGAGAGUUGAAAAAUUGGACGAGGUGUAUGCCACGUUCUCGGAGAUUCAAAUAGAUCUAGCCGCGAAUGGUGACACGGCAUCGGAAGCGGAUCAGGACGAGGAAAAUGAGGAGAUUGAAAACAAAUAUUUCCGUUUAAAGGCAGCAAUGAAAAGGCUGAUGAAAGAUGGGUCAGUCACCACAGAUGAGGGAAUGCUGGAGCGCACGACUAUUGCAGCAGACGAGACGGGCAUUAACGAUAAUGAGGGGUUGCGCGUUCCAGCUGUUAACGCUAACAUAAACGAGGCAUUGCGCGGUCCAGCUGUUAACGCUAACAUAAACGAGGCAUUGCGCGUUCCAGCAUUCAACGCGAACAUAAGGUUGCCGCGAAUCGAGUUACCUAAAUUUUCCGGUGCUUAUGAGGAAUGGCACUCGUUCUUCGAUGUGUUUGGUUCCUUAAUCCAUUCCAAUAGGGAAUUGAAUGACACUCAAAGGUUUCAUUACCUGAAAUCUUCUCUAAAGGGUGACGCCGCCGAGGUCGUGUCGUCAUUAGAAAUGACCGGUGAUAAUUAUAGGGACGCAUGGGCUAGGCUCAAAGAGAGGUACGACAACAAAAGAUUGAUACAGAAUCACAUCAAGGCGAUCUUCGAUUUGCCGGUAGUAAAGAGGGAGGACGGCGCUGCUAUCAGGCAGGUGUUGGACGGUGUGCUGAAGCACACGAGGGCUUUGCGCGCGUUAGAAAGACCCAUUGAGUACUGGGGCGAUCUAUUGAUUCACGUUAUUUCGGGCAAACUAGACAUCAGAACGAUUAAGGAAUGGGAAAAUUCGAUAGAAUCCACACGAGUUCCUGCGUUCGACGAGCUGGUAGAAUUUUUAAAGAAACGAUGCCAAACGUUAGAGGCCGUAGCUAAAAUCGGUAAGGGUAGCAAGGUCGAUUCCAGUGCCCAGUCGGGUAACGCGAGUAGAAUUAAAGGUUGCAACGUGGCCGCCACUAAAUUACAGUGUUCUUGUUGCCAGGGCAAUCACAGCAUUUACGCAUGUAAAGAAUUUAAGGGAUUAUCAGUGGAUGAACGAGUUAGGCAUAUAAAGUCCAAGGGUUUGUGUUUGAACUGUUUGAAGUCUAAGCACAUGGUUAAAGAUUGUGCCUCAGGCGGAUGCAAAACGUGUAAUAAACGACACAAUUCCUUGCUACAUAAAGAGGGUGCUAAAGAAGAAUCCACGGCCGAGUCGAAAGGUGGGAAAACUACAAUCGAGUCGGAAUCGGAGCGAGCAGGAUCCGCUGCUUGCGGGCAUGCUUGUUCGGCGUACCAAGGAAGUCAGAUGCUGUUAUCGACCGUGAUGGUCAAGGUGAAACACAAAGAGGGUCAUUUCGUACAAAUCAAGGCCUUAUUGGAUAGCGGUGCGGAAUCUAAUUUUGUGACGGAAUCGUUAGCCAGGAGGCUAGACCUUGAACUAAGAAGCGCUAACAUAGAGAUCACAGGAAUCAAUCAACAGGUGUCCAGGGCAUUGACGAUGACUGAGGUAUGCGUUAGGUCGAGAUUCGAUUCUUACGAUUUCAAAUUGCAGUGCAUAAUUCUGCCCACCAUAACGAGGAAGGUCCCAUAUAUAAGAUUUGACAAACGGUCAUUCGGCAUACCAAACAACAUUAGGCUGGCGGACCCGCAGUUCAACAUCCCGUCGGAAAUCGACCUGGUAAUCGGGACGGAACGAUUCUGGGAUUUAAUGUGCGCAGGACAGAUCAAGAUGGGUCGGGGCAAACCGACGUUGCAGAAAACCAUGCUAGGAUGGCUGGUAGUCGACAAGAUGCUACCAACAAGACACGAAUGCAAGCAAUACGCCAACUGCAACCUGAGUAGUACCCGGGAUCUGGAUGAGGCGUUAAGGCUAUUCUGGAAGCUAGAUAAUGUGCCAGAAAGGAGUGAAUGUAGUGAGGAAGAAGCGGCAUGCGAAGAGUUCUUCAAAGACACGUACGGGAGGAAUGAGCAAGGCAGAUUCGUGGUUAAAUUGCCGAUAAAGGAAGGCGUUUUGGAGAAGAGCGGUGAGUCAAGAGACAUCGCGCGACGACGAUUUCUUUCGUUGGAAAGGAGACUAAACAAGGAUGCCGAACUAAAGAAUGAAUACAUUCAAUUCAUGAGGGACUAUGAACGAUUGGGUCACAUGAAGGAAAUACAUGACGCGGAAGACAAGUUGAGAAUUUUCCUGCCGCAUCAAGCGGUCGUGAGAAAUGACAAAAGUUCCACAAGAGUUAGAGUCGUGUUCGACGCGUCGAGCAAGGAGCGGAGGAAUGUCUCUUAA